AGCGCAGAGGGGGCUGAAAUGGAAGCUUAUAUAAUUCCGGGGUCAUCAUUAGAAAACCAAAAAAAGAAGAGGUCAAAUUAAUGGAAAUCGGAUGGUUCUUCUCUCCGUAAUUUUCCCGCCAUUUGGUGGCUCGGAUACAUCUCCUCUCGGAUCUUCGAUUCGCUUUGGUUGACGAGAAAACUGUGCCAUGGAUCUUCAGCAUCUGAGAAGCAGCAAAGAUCUGUGGGCAAGGAAUUUGUCAAGAGGACAGUUCGAGGACGAACCAGUGCUUGGCGCACUUAUUCCAAACAUGGGGAAGCUCAAAGGAUUCUGAUGUUUGAAUAUUAUGUUUCUUUAGUGUUAGCAUUGAAACCGUGGAAACUUGUGGGUGUUAAUAAAUAGGGGCAUAUUUUCGUGUCUCUUACAUAAAACCACCAUUGUUCUGAGUUUUAGUGGGUUAUUUUCUUCGGCCUUUCUUAGCAGUCAGCAUUUUCCUUGAUCCGCAAUGGCUGUAGAUUCGGGUGAACCAAAGUUUAGCCUGAGGCUUCUGGUCGAUGAAGAGAAAAAUAAGGUUGUAUUGGCUGAGGCUGGUAAGGAUUUUGUCUAUGUACUCUUUAGUUUUAUGGCACUGCCAAUGGGGACCAUUGUCAGAUUGCUGCAGAAGCAUCAAAAGCCACAGCGAGUUGUUGUGGGCUCUUUCAACAACCUUUACCAGAGUGUGCUGGAGAUGGGCAUUGACAACUUCCAGCAUGAAGCUUGUAAGCAGUCGCUGCUGUAUCCGAGGCCUCUGAGGGAUGAAUGCCUUAAGUUGAAUGUACAUGAUACUGAGGUCACCGGGUACUUUAUGUGCCGAGAGAGUGUAAAUCGCGAUUAUUGUCGUAGGUAUUACAGCAUUCUCAAUAUCUUAAGAUGUAGCUGUGGUCAGUUAAUGGACAAGGAGAUUCAGUUACCGGAAGAAGAUGAUUUAGAUGAUUUAGAUGAUUCAUAUGAUUUAGGUGAGAUAGAUGUUCUAGAUGGAGUUUCUGUGAGCAAUCAGUCCUCAUUCUUCAUCACAGAUGACUUGAAAGUUGUUUCUGGCUCUGUGGUUCUCAUGCUGAAAGAUCUAAAAGGUCUAGGUUACACUGGCUUUGAUGUGCUGGAUGAAAUUCUUCUUGAUGUUGGUCCAAUGGAGGUGCUAACUUUGUUGGAGUGCUUAUUCUCCUCUGAUGCACCCUUGACUGACACGUUCCUCAGGAAACAAAGCUCCCAGUGUAUAACAAGAGUGCAUGAUGUGUUGGCUCCGGGUAGACAAGAGAACGCAGAUGCAACGGAAACAGAUCAAGUAGUAACUUUGGAUGUUCUUUUUAGAAAGAAAGACAAGAAGAUUCUAUAUGUAGAAUGCGGAGAAGAUUUCAUUGAUCUUCUUUUAACAUUUCUUGUUGUCCCUUUGGAGUCUGUUUGGGAAAUAUCUGGCAGCAACCUCAUUUUGGGAUGCAUCGGUAACUUGUACAAAAGCUUCAAGGGCUUGCGCUUGAACGAAGGACCAAAUGCAUCGGUCUCCAAAUGUGUGCCUUCUUGGUAUUAUAGCCAUCAGGCGCAGCUGCUUGGCCUUUCCAUUCAGCAGCCGCCAGUGAUAUAUUGUAAUGUUUGUGAAUUUCAGUUGAUGAAUAGUUACAUUGCAGGACUUGACCCCUCACAUUAUAUCCGCGUGGCAUUUUUUGAUCCGAGAUAUGAUGGAAGAGCUCCAUCUGUUCCCGGUAGAGGGUUUUUGAAAAGAGGGAGUAGGUUCACAGUCACAGAUGAUCUCACUAUCUCCCCUAUGAACUCAUCCUCAGCCAUUUGCUUAAUAAAACAGUUGGAGAUGGACCUUGACGAGAUUGAUGAUCAUGUGAUUAGCAUCAGCAAAGCCGAGGCUAUCAGUACGCUGAGAGCUUCUUUGAUGACAUCCGCUGCCUUGACCACUGGCCUUGGGAGUUUACUUGCGGCGAAAUCAAAAGGAGAGAACUGAAGGAACCGGAAGUAAUGAGGUGUUUCUGUUAUCAAUCUUUCCUCGCAGAUUGAUAAGCUUUUGUUUUGGAGUUGUGGACGUGUUUUCUUGUAAUUGGCUGACAAAAUUGAGUUCCUUUGAAAGGUUUUAUUCCAUGAUUCGACUUGAUCUGUCAUUUGGUUUGA